GCAAACUUCCACCGAAAAUUGGUUUGAACGAGAUCUAGUAAGUAGUUUUUUUAAUACGUCAUAAAUGGUACGGAACCCGUCAUGGGCGAGUCCGACUCGCACUUGGACGCUUUUUUUACCUGAUAUAACUGAAGAGGAAAAUCAAUAAUUUUCCGUGUAAGAGUGUAUAAGCAGGUAGGUACCCAUUAUCCAUUUAUUUGUGACCCAACUGGUUCUUUAGCGCAAUAGUUUGUGCAGUGAAACCAGUGGUAAUAGUUUUUGGGAUCGAUAGAUCUGAUAUUACAAGUCGUAACUUACGAGUAUUUUUAUAGAUAAGAUUACAAUUAUUACAAAUGACAAAAUUUGGCUAUUCUUCAUUUAGGCGCAGAUAGCUCGCGUCGCGCAAAUGUGCGAGCUACAAGCCCGCUCGGGGGCCAGCGAGCGACGCAGCGAGCGACGUAGCGAGCGCAGCGAGCGCCGCAAAGGACGGCCCAGCGAGCGCGAGCGACGCACCGAUAAGCGGAACGAGCGAGGCGAACGCCGCGGACAAGAGAGCGGGCGGACGUCGAGCGAGUCCACCGAGUUCUCGUCGUCUAGUAGCAGCGUCGAUGCGCUGAAACGACGGACUUCGGAGUGCAGAACAUACAAGAUCAUAAUGUCGAAGCUGGACGAACUGAACCGCCUGUUCGUGGCCCGCCGCUCGCCGGGCGCCGCCGGCGCGCUGGCGCCCGGCGCCCUGGGCACCGCCUCGCUGGCGACCGGCGCCCUGGGCACCGCCUCGCUGGCGCCCGGCGCCCGGGGCACCGCCCGCGGGGACUCCUCGGUCACAGUGUCGGACAAGGUUGUGGGCACUGACUCUCCGCAACACGGGGCGCGGCAGAAGACGGAGACCGACCACAACCGCACCAUCAUAGUCGCCGCGGCCGCCGUCGAUAUCCCACCUACGCCGCGGAUCAACGUCGUCACCGAGAGCGUGGUGCGCGACGAGCGAGACAGCAAACCGGCGAGCGAGAAGGGGAUGCCCGGGCGGUUCCACCUCGACGAUCCCGUGCGGGUGAGUGCUCCGAGCAUCCCGGACACAGGUGCGAAAGAGACGUCGGCGAGCGAGCGGGACAGCGAACCGGCGAGCGAGAAGGGCAUGCCUGGGCGGUUCCACCUCGACGAUCCCGUGCGGUUGUACCAGCAAGCGAAACGCCUCGAAGCCCGCGUAACGCGCCGCUCGAGUUCGGACUCCCCGGACUCGGGCAGAGACUCAAGCUCUAAAGGCUCGAGUCAAGGCUCGGGCAAAGGCUCCAGAUCGCCGUCGCUGUGCGCGCUGUGCCGUUGCUAUUGGUUGGUCGCGCGUCGCUAUGUCGCGCAGCUCAAUCCGGUGCGCGAGUGAACUUAAUUUUAUUGUAAUGUCCUGUGUUGUACCUUUGUAAAGUAAAUUAAAUUGAUUUCACACUA